UUGGCCUUCGAGAGUAUGCAGUUAAAAGCAGUGACUUUUUCCUUCUUCCCCACAGUGCACCCCGCAGUGGUGAUCCGACAGCGGAAGUCGUACCGGAGAAAAGAUGGGGUGUUUCUUUAUUUUGAAGACAACGCAGGGGUCAUAGUGAACAACAAAGGCGAGAUGAAGGGUUCUGCCAUCACGGGGCCGGUGGCCAAGGAGUGCGCGGACCUGUGGCCAAGGAUCGCGUCCAACGCGGGCAGCAUCGCGUGAUCUUCGUGUCUUUGUGCAAAUAAACAGCUCGUUACAGAUGUCUGCUCCUGCUUGCCUUCCUGUUUGCCCACGAGGCUGCUGCCUUCUUAGCAGAGCACACCCUUGGGCCUUGGGGGCCGAAACUGUACGACUGGGCCCCGGCUCUGCCAUUGGGUGUGAACACGGUGCCUGAAGACCACCUUUGCCUCUGGGGGCUCUGAACGUUUGGCGUUUGGCGCUUGGCGUUUACUGUUUUGCUUCUGCUGUAAAAAAGGUUCUCAGGGUGUUGCGGCUGUAGAAUAAACUGCGUAGUAAACUUUGUGGGCAUCCUGCCACAGGAAGGCAUUUGUGGUUAGGCAGAGGCUGCAGAGACCCCGGGUAACCUCGUGUACGCUGCACACUUGCACUUGGCACAUUUUCUUGCAUAAAUGAAUAUUUGUAAAUUUUAGCCACACGUGGUGAGACACCUGCAGUUCCAGCUCUCAAAGGCUGAGGCUGGAUCACUGCAAGUUCCAGGUCACCCUGGGUGACCACUGCCCCUUUGUCCUCAGAAUGUUCCCUGGCCACAUCCCACCACCGAUUAACUCCAGAAUUGGUUUUACUUAUUUAAACAGCCUCACUGCAGUUCAGGCUGCCUUCGACUUGUAGCAAUCCUCCUGCCUCAGCCUCCCAGUAAGGCUGGGCUCACAGUCAUGUGCCACCUUUCCCAACUCACUAAAGAUUGGGAAGAAGGCUGUUUGGCUGUAGGCUUCACAGG